AUGAUCCUCCCAAUGGCAGCGUACGCACAAUUUGGCUAUUCGUAUCCAUCCGCCUCGCAGUUGCUGGUUGGCAGUAGCGGGGCUGGUAACGGCGGAGCGGCAACCUCGCCGGACGGCGGUUCGAGCUCAGCUCCGCCGCUAUCUCCCGGGGGCUCCGCGGUAGCGGGAGGCGCCCUGUCCCCCGGGGCUGGCAGCCACGCCAGCACACCGGCCGCCUCCUGCUGCGACACGCCGAGGCCCAUCAUCACCGACCCUGUCUCCGGGCAGACCGUCUGCUCGUGCCAGUACGACGCGAGACUGGCACUCACAUCUUAUCCACGCCUCUCCAGUGCUGCCGUUGGAGUCUACGGAGCUCCAUAUCCAUCCACUGACCAGAACCCUUAUCCAAGCAUCGGCGUCGAUAGCUCCGCUUUCUAUUCCCCUUUGAGUAAUCCCUACGCGUUGAAAGAGGGCGGUGGUGAAAUGUCGGCUUGGACUUCGGCAGGUCUUCAGCCAUCAGGCGGCUAUUACCCAUAUGACCCCACGCUCGCUGCUUACGGAUAUGGAGCUGGAUACGAUUUAGCUGCCAGGCGAAAAAACGCUACCAGAGAAUCAACAGCCACGCUCAAAGCAUGGCUGAACGAGCAUAAGAAAAACCCUUACCCCACGAAGGGGGAAAAGAUCAUGCUCGCGAUCAUUACCAAGAUGACGCUGACACAGGUCUCGACGUGGUUCGCGAACGCAAGACGGCGCCUGAAGAAAGAAAACAAGAUGACUUGGGAGCCGAAGAAUAAAACGGAUGACGACGAAGACACGAUGCUCUCCGACGAAGAAAGGGAACAGGACGAUAAAAUAAAAGCUAACAAAGAUGACGAACGGAAGGGAGAUGAACUACUGCAGGGCAUGCAUAAUCAACUCCUCGGGUACGGAAUAAAGGAAGAGUCAAAGCGUGGUACAUCAGAAUGUGGGGUGCCUAUACCAGCAUCAAAACCGAAAAUUUGGUCCCUGGCAGACACAGCAGCCUGUAAGACUCCACCUCCAGUUGCUCAACCAUGGCCUCAACACGGCUAUGGACCAGGUCCAGAACGUCCUUCAGUAGCAGAUGGAAGCUCUAAUGGGUUCGUCCUUCCAGCCACUGCGGCAGCAAGCCCAGCUGGAGGCUCAUAUGGACGAUACGGAGGUGGUUUUCCUGGAGCACAAUAUGGAGGUCAGCAUCCUUGUGUUCAUCCUGCUGCGUUUCCCGACGUACAAACCGAUACACCGCCUCAGACACCGCCUAACAUGAAAGUACCCAGUGUUGCCAAUCCGCUUGGCAGUGGCGGCGGCUCCGGUUACUGUUUUCCGAGACACCAGCAAUCGCCACAGCGCGAUCCUUAUCACAACCCUCAUCACUCUAAUAACCACCAACCUAACCACCACCACAACGAGGGAUCGGCCGCCUUCAAACCUUUCUAUAAAAGGUGA